UGCUAGUAAAGGUUUUGCUUUCAAGGUUGACAUGAACGCGGUAAACCGAUUGUAAUAUGCCGAGGCAGCGUUCGUACACUUCAACCGAACAGGACAAGGCAAAGUCAGUCAAUAAAGAAUUUUUUAGUAAGCAAUACAAAUCCUUGAAGACGUAUAUCCGAAGUACUGGCUCUCAUCCUGUUCUCAACUCAGGAAUAUGCUCAUCACAAAGUCCGGGGAUACCUGGAUCUCCUGCUUCAUUAGCCGCAAAGAGAAGGGUCUUUUAUCAAGAUGACAAUGGAAAAAUUAUCAGCUUAACUAAAUCAAGGAAAUCUAAUCAUUCCGACGGCAGUAAGCUGAUUUCUGAUUCGAAAAGUAGAUUGGUACUGGACUUGUCCUCUUUGGGGCUUGACAGCGUUUCUCCGGACAUUGGGAGUCUCAGUCAUUUAAUAGAGCUUUUUUUGUAUGAUAAUAAGUUAACAUGUCUUCCCUUGCAGAUUGGACUUCUGAAGAAUCUCCAGAGAUUAUGGCUCCAAGAAAACUCCCUCACAUUUCUACCAGAUGAGCUUGGUUAUUGUUCAAAACUAACUCAUCUUGAUAUCAGGCACAACAGGCUUGAAGGUUGCAUUCCUGUUGUUAUAACAAAAUUCACUUUAAUGAAACAACUCUACCUGACUUACAAUAAAUUAACAGAUAUAUCUGCUAUUGGUAAUUUAUGUGUAGGUCUAGUCUUGUUAUUUUCACUUAUCCUGUAUGAUAUUUUUCUUGGAUUUCAUUUUGUCUUACACAUCAACUUUCUAAACCUAGCACAGUUGAGUUUCGUUUUCAGUCUAGGAAGUACAGAAGGCUGUGGGACUUGUGGUAAUUACGGAGAACUUUUACAGACAUUAGUAGUGAAAAGUAAUCAAUUGCAAGGACCGAUUCCAGAUUGUAUUGGAAAUCUUACGCAAUUGAAAACUCUGGAUCUGUCGAAGAAUCGUCUGACCAAAAUUACUGAAAAUAUAGGCAAUUGUAAAUUGCUAUCCCGUUUUCUUGUGGAUUAUAAUCAAAUAGAUGAAUUGCCAAAAUCAAUUGGUCAACUUUCAGAACUUACGGUACUAGGAAUUAAAUACAACUGCUUAAGUGAACUCCCAGUUACAAUAUGUAAUUGCGAGCAAUUGACCGAACUGAAUAUUGAAGGCAACCAUAUAACUCAGCUACCGGAAAAUCUAUUGUGUCAUUUAAAAGAUUCACUUUCUGUAGUACUAUCUCGUAAUGAUUUCAAUUCUUUCCCAAUCGGUGAUAAAACUCAGUAUAAAAAUGUGAAACAUUUCAGAUUGGAUUAUAAUCGUUUAGAAAUAUUCGAAGCAGUUCAGCUGUCAGAAAAUACUCAAUUGACUACACUAAACUUAUGCAACAAUAACAUUAUUACUUUGGACUUUACAGGAAUAGAAACAUUGAAACAUCUUGUUGAAUUAGAUCUUUCUUAUAAUCAAAUUGGUCACCUACCUGAUUCAAUUGGCGAGUUAGUAUCUUUAGAAGUAUUAGAUUUGACGAGUAAUCGCUUAGAGGGAUUACCAAAUAGAAUUGGCGAAUUGGUCAGAUUAGUACAAUUGGAAUUAGAAUCCAAUCAAAUCAAAUCAAUUCCUUUAAACAUUGGACAAUUAUGUCAAUUGCAAACACUUAAUUUAGAUGUAAACAAGUUAUCUAGACUGCCAUCAACCAUAGGAAAUCUGAACAAUUUAAGGAAACUGAGAGUGAAAGACAAUCUUCUUCAACGUUUACCACCUGAAAUCGGCAAACUGCAGAAUUUAACACAUUUGUAUCUAUCAAAUAAUAAGCCAUUGGAUUUGCUUCCUAUUGAAUUAGGAAUGCUGCCUUCUCUGCGAUUUCUGGGUAUUGAUGGUUGUAGUCUCAAACAGAUGCCUGUUGAUAUAACAAAAAAUGGAUCAGCCUCCGUCAUUAAGUGGUUGUUUUUCACUUUUUUUCACAUUGAUAAUCACUUUUUUUGCUACAGAUUAGAUAUUUUAUGUUUGAAAGAAUUGUUUAUGGUGAAUCUAAACCUGGUAAGCAAUUGUUAUAUUCAUCGUUACUCGUUGUCAGAUGACACAAAGUUUUACUUGAGAUGAAUCUUUUGUUGCUUAGUUUUUGUAUAAAAUAUUGCUCGAUUUGUUUUUGUGUUAAGUAUUUCCGGUAUAAUAACUUACAAUAAAAUACCUCGAGCGUGAAUAAACACUGAAAGAAAAGUCAGAAUUUGUUUAUAAUUUUUCAGAAUCAUUGGUCUAGAAUGUGUUUUUUCUCAACAUGAGGAAGUUGCAGAAUCUACUAAUUACUUCAAGUUCUCAUAAUGAACUGAUAAUGUCGAUUAGAAAUUUCCUACUUUUUGACCAAUUUUUGAGUUUUUGUACGUCUCAUAGCCUUUAGAAGUGACUUUUAUGGAAGUUUUGUAAAUUCACUGUGAAAUCUCUCACUAAUAUCAAAAGCUGAUUUGUACACGUAAGAUACACUUGUUCUGAUGCUUCGAAUCAUAGUUUAUACAAAACAUGGUUUUUGUGCCUCUUUCAUUUACUUUUAUGGACAAUUUACAAAUCAAUCAGAACUAAUAACAUGGAGUGAAUUAGUUAAAUACGUUAAGCACUUUGCUUGACAUGGAAGUUUCAUCAGCCAUAACGGAUUUGUAUCUAAUAAUGUCUCGGUAGAGAUUCAAGAAGAUCAGUCAGUCUUUCGUAAGCUUCUUUACUCGCGGUACAGGCAAGAUGCCUGUUUACUAACCAAAGACAGCGUAUAUUGGUCAAUAAUUUCCACUAUAUUACUUUGUGUCUGUGAAACACAGUCCUUGAAAGUAGAAGAGAUGCUUACACUGUAGGUUUUGAUCAUAGAUGUAUUUGAGGCAUCAUUUGCUUUUCGUCUAACGAUCGAGUUAGUAGUGUUGAAGUUAUACAUCAGGAACUUGACUUAGAUGAUUCGUCGACUGAUAAAGUUAUUGUAGCAACUUAUAUGUUGUUGUACACUUACAUUAUUUAUCCAAACCUUCAGACAGACUUAACUCAGACAGCAUGUAACUAUUGGGUCAUUUCAACCAUUCUUAUAACCCUUUUGUUUCCUAAACGUUGUGGCCGUCAGCACACAUACCUUUUUUAUUCAUGUCCUUGUAAUUGUACGCCUAUAAAGACGGAUUUGUGUGUAUAUCUGUACACCUAUUACGUUAUCCAGUACCAGUCUCUUUGUUGCGUUAUUCGUUUUUUUUGAGUUGCAUUAACGUUUUUUAUAUUUUGAGUAGGCACAUGUGCUUGACAAAAUAAACGUAUAAAAUAUAAAUAUCUGAAGCGCUCGUGUUUGAUGUUUUAUAUCCACUUUUGAUAUUAACGGGAUUUUUCGUCGGAAUAUGUAUAGUGAAAGUUAGAUACAUAUUUCGUCUACAUCAUUAAUGAUUCUAUGAAUUCAGACAAUAAACAUUAAGUUAUGACUCCUUAUCUGUUGAGGUUGGUACGACAUAGGUCACCACCAUCUAGCCCGACAGUUACUGUUUUCUGGUUUAGGAGUAAGUCAGAAAAAAGCUAGGACCAGUCAGUACAGGAUAAGGCAUUAGUCCAUGAAGUCAUUGACUGUCGAUCUGAGACAUGUUGGUAGAUGAAGAGUAUCUGAUUGGGAUCCAUGCGAUAAUGACUAUAAAUAUCUGAAGACUUUAAGUGACAUUGCUCAUGAUCGUUCAAAACGGCGGAGAUGUAUUCCUUCUUCUUAUUUUCCUCUCAAUCCUGAAUUCCAGUAUUUAGUAAUGCAAACCUUUCCAUUAUGUCUUUUCGAACCAGAUUUCUUAAUAUUCACCCUUUCGCAUUGUUAUUUCUACUGUAUUUUUUCGGUCUUUUUUUUCAUACUUCUUAUUAAUUUCAUCUUACUGUGCUAAUGUGAUGUGGUAACUUGGGACAAUACAGAUCCGUCCCAGUCUCUACGUUGAUAAUUACUGAUUGACCCAUUUAAGCUAACAUGUUGUAUGUAUGGUUUUGAUAAUAGACUAUUAAUAAUAAAAGUGAACCAGUAUUCUUUGUAGAUUUUUAAGUAUCGAGUGUCUGUAUAUUUUUGUGUUUCACUCUUAACAACAGAUGUAGUAACAAACAUCACAUAAAUCCCGCUUUCUUCAUUCAGAAAUUUAAAAACUAUUUAUAUAUUUUACUUGGAGAAAUAUUCGGUUGUUGAACUGUUUAUUUUUUGUUUUCCAUUAAUAAACUUGUAAAUAACUGAUCUUCAUACCAAUUUCUCUUAAAUGAACUGGUUGAUAUUUGUUCUAUUAAUGUGAUAAAUAAAUAUAUUAACUUUCUAAAAUAAUUAUUUUAUCAACAAAUAUCAAUCAUUGAUCUGGAACUGUAGUGAUUCACGUGAGUUUUUUUAACUAUUGGACAGACAAAUUAUGAUCAUUUUGGGUUGUCAUUUACACAUAUAUUUUUGUCGACUAUUCACUUGUAAUUUUGAUGAUCUUUAUAUGUGGCUAUGUCAACUGAUCAUGUAAUUCAUUCGUUAUCUGACUUUAGUAUCCUUUUAACUGUUUAGCAAUUAAAUCUGAUUCAUAUUUAUUACGAUUGAAUGGGAUAAAGAACCUUUCUCUGCACUGCAUCUCUUGCUGUCUGCAUGAAAUAUCGAUUGCGUGAUGAAACGUACAUAUCCGAAACACUCGUUUUGGUCUUUAAUAUACCUUUGAUCCAAACGUUUAAAGUCUGUGGUGGUUGGUACUAUGUCAAGUCCACAUAGGCUAUUCUAGCCUUUGGACAGAUCAAUCUAUUCAUUCUUCUCAAGUCACAUUUAGACCUUAUCACUUAUUCGGUUGUUAACUCGAACUGCUUUUAUAUAAUUGUAUGUGUUAAUUGCUAGGUCUAUUCGUUACGUGUCUGUAACUUAUUUUUGUCUGAAUAUAAAUGUUGAGUCACACUUGAUCAAAUUGAGUUGGCUCACUCGCCUUUCUGAUGCGCAUCACUUCGUUUCUCUAUUUGUUUGUCCGGAUCAACAUUUGUUUGAAAUAUACAUAUUCUUAUAUUUGGCUUAUUUAAUUCCGUUAUUCCUUAAAGCGAUUUAAGUCGAUAACUAUGUACUAGGGUAGUCGGGAUGUAUAUUUGGAUAGCAAUCAUCAUAUAUAUAUAUAUAUAUAUAUA